UGUUUCGUGCAUCAGCUAUAAAUGUGGCAUGUUUAUAUCUUCUACCAAAUACUUUAAGGAUUUAAGUUAAUUUCGGUUGGACAGAAAAAUAUGCAAAAUAAAACUGUUAAAGUUUUUUAGUUAAAAGCCAUAAAAAUGUGUUGGCUUCAAAUGAAAACACAAGAUAUUUCAACAGCAAAUCCGCAACUUUUUGUGUCUACAAAAUAAACUCUAAACCAAAUAUAGAAAAAAAACACAACUAAAAUAAAAAAAAUUAAAGUUUUCCAAAGUGUUGUGCAUCAAGCUUCCUAUUAGAGAGUAAACAAAAAUUAAACAACAAACUGUCCCCAAACUUCCGCUCAUCCCCGGUUUUUUGUGAAAUCCUUUGCAAAAUACAACAAGGACAGCAAGACAGACAAGAAAAACAAAAUAUUUUAAACUUUUUUUAAUAAUUAAAUUUCCUUUAAAAGUGUUGAUUUUAAAUUCUUUUAAAUUACAACUUUCUAUAAUUUUAUGAGAAAAAGGGCCUGAGUGCCCUCGGUUAUGGCCUUUAUGAUGAAAAAGAAAAAGUAUCGUUUUAAUGUUGAAGUAAAAUUACAAGACUUAGAGAAUGUGGCCCUGGUAAAUGAGGUGCUGUUUGCAAAAAUACGUCUGUUGGAUGGUGGGUCAUUUCAGGAAUAUAGCAGCAGGGAAGAAGUACGCAAUCAUCGUGUGGAAUGGAAUCGAAAUUUCGAAUUUCCUUGCAAAAUGUCAGCGAAUGCCUCAACGGGGGUAUUGGAUCCCUGUUAUUUGCGUAUCUCGAUACGCAAAGAAAUGAAGGGUGGUCGUAGUUAUUAUAAAUUAGGUUUUAUUGAUUUAAAUCUUGCCGAAUAUGCUGGCGCUGGUUUAACCUCGCGACGAUUUUUACUGGAGGGUUAUGACUCCAGACAUCGUUUAGAUAAUUCCAUGUUAACAUUAUCAAUAAAAAUGUUAAUGUUAAGUGGUGAUAUUUUAUUUAAGGCUCCUACACCAAAUUUAAAAAAUAAACUAAAAACACCCACAGAUGAUCUGGCCACAGCGGCUACAGGUGUGGGAUUACAAUCGCCCACAUCAUUAACUUCCUCCUCUUUACCCACCAUAGGGGUAACAACGCGUCCUGUUUCCACAAUAAGGGAUGAUGAUUCAGAUCCUCAAUAUGUUAUGGCCUCUAUUGUUACCGAUUCAGGCCAUUCGGAAUCCUCUGAAUCGGCCAUUACCCUAACACCUGAUGCUUUGCUCUUGCAACAGCAACAACAGUUACAGCAGCAACAACAACAACAGCAGCAGCAACAACAAACGCAUUUGCCAUCUUCCUACCCACCCUCAUCGGCUGCCACUCUGGUACCAGGUGUUUCGCUAACAAAUGCACAACAAAUGUUACCCUACGGUGGUAUUGGUGGUACGGGCGGUAGUGGUGGCGGCGGUGGUGUUAGUGGAGCUGUUAGUGGUAAUAUUGCUGUUACCAGCAUUGGUAUUAUUGGUAGCAAUAAUUGUGGCACUACUGCCUCAAUUAGUGGCUUAUCAACUUCAGGUGGUGGUACUGUUCCAGGCCUUGAAAUGGGCCAUUCAAGAAAUUCCAGUAAUACUAGUCAAAUGUCAAAGGGUUCCGGUUAUAGUAGUUUUUCGCACAGUCAACAUUCUCGUCAAAGCUCUGAAGGUGAUUCGGGGCAUGCAAGAUUCAGCAAAUCCGUUUCUCUUCUGAAUAGACUUAAUCAAAGAGCUAUAAAUGCUAUGAAAUUGCAUAUACCCGCUUUAAUACAUCAGCAUACACAAAAUGAUAAAGCUAAUGCCUUGAUAUUGCAUAAUGCGGAGUCUCUUAUGUUGACCACCGCCGUCACCACCACCAGCAACUCAACAUCCACAACAUUAAACACUAAUGUGAUAAAUAUCGAUGAGAAUGAAGAGUUAAUGUAUCAAACACCCAAUUCUUCGGUAAGAGAAGAACUUGGUGUGGAUGAUUUUCGUACUCCCUUAAAUGAAAUGCCAUCACCUCCUCCUUUGUCUUCAAACUCGAUGUAUAAUAUGAAAUUUUUAACAACACCCUCGCCCACAUAUCGCAGCGUUAAUAGUACUAGUCGAUCUUGUUCACGUGAAUCUGAUCUUUAUGCCAGUGGAGAGCGUGAUAGUGAAAGUGAAACGGCCGAUGAUUCGGGUCUAGAUGAAAAUUUCCAUACACCCAGAGUAGCGAAAAUUAAAUCUAUGGAGAAUCUUUCCAUAUUAGAAAUGGAAUUCCAUAAGGCCUCACAAGCCUUAGAUCGCAAUUCACCCAGACGUCUUAAGUGGUUGGCGGAACGUGAACGCAUACAAAUGCCUAAAAUGAAAUCUUUAAAUAAUCUUUGUUUCGAUGAUUAUUCUGAAGAGCAAAUGAGAGCUGAAUUUCAAAUGAUUCGUGAACAGAAUUUAGAAGAGAAACAUCGUUUUAAUAUGCAACAAAGAAAAAAUUCUACUUCCUCGUCCAAUUCGGGUAAAUUGUAUAUUAAAAACUCUAAAGUGGGCAAUGCCAAGUUUAUAGGUAACGAUGAUAGUCCUUUACCUUACAACAACAAUAACAACAAUCAAAUCACCAGUCAUAUGCAUUAUCCUAUACAAAAAAUGCGUUCCAUGGGCACCAUACCCGAUGUGGUAACCGAACGUAUAGAACCCGAUCCAUUUUUAACACCCACCUCAGCUCGUAAACCUCAAUUUCCUAUGGUAACACAAUCGGCCGAAAAGGCCGGUACACCUUCGUAUGCAGCCGCUCGAUUAUUAACCUAUGAUUGUGUUGAUGGUCCACAAAAUUCCCAUCAUUCGCAUAAUUCUCUAAGUGAACUGUAUUCACAAGAUCGUUUGGGUAAAUUGGUCUUAGCUAAUGAGGCCUCAUUUAUGUCUAGAACACCAUUUGAGAGAGCCUAUCGUCGUAGUCUUAUGAAAAGCUCUACUCCAUUGCCGACUACCGUUACAACGCAUAUAAGACCACAUUCCAAUAAUGCUGCCUAUGAUAUAAUGAGUCGUAAUUUUAGUGGUGUUCCCAGACGUUUAUUGGACGGCAGUAAUCGUCAAAUAUCGUCGAUUGCUUUAAAUGCUUCAACAAUCUCAUCCAGCAAUAAUAUACUAAUGAAUUCAUCCAAUUCACCGUAUGGCACAUUGAGUAGCAUUAAAUCUACUCAUUCCUCCUCAUCAUCAUCGAAUGGUAGCCAUAGCAGUAGUAGUGGUAGCAAUAAUGUUAUAACAUUUCAAUGUACAACAACUUCAGUCGAUACCGUGGAUGGCCUACCAGCGGCCUCUUCAUCAUGUUCAUCAUUUACAGCCGCAGCACAGCAGCAACAACAACAACAGCAGCAGCAGCAAACACAACAGCAAUCGUUAGUAGGCUCACCUGCCAGUGGUGGUGGGUGUUGUUUAGGCAUGGUUGCCGCCGCCACUGCUGUCUGUGCAGCUGCUACAGGCACUGUUACUGCUGGUAGUGCUAGUGGUGGCGGUAUACUUGUCUUAAAUAGCAAUAGCGGUGGGAAUAGCCCUCGUUUGGGUGAUGCAGCUUUAAGUUCUUUAGCAGCCAGUCCCACAGAUGCCUGUAGUAUACGUUCAAAUCCUUCUGCCGCCUCUUUAAUGGCUAACAAUGAGAUGAUGUCGGCUGUUGGAGGCGUUACUUCGGUCAUUUGUGGUGGUAUUGGUAGUACUGCUACGCUUUCACCGCUUUCUUCUUCUGCUGCUGCUCAUCAUCUUAUGCGACGUCCCAGCAUUACUAUGAAUCCCAGUUCUGGCUCUUUAGUUAUAAGUGAAACAGGUUCAUUGGAUCGCAUGAAAAAUACCGCCGAAAAACGUAAAAAAGGUCCCCUGGAUGAUGGUCCCAGGGUAUCGGAUCGUGUAGAGGAGACACGUGUUAAUCCAAAUUCUUUAAUUGAUGAGAUUUUAAAGGAUACUAAAUUGGAUCAAUUAGAGGAAACGGCUGAAACAUCCGGUUUACAAUUGUAUAUAGGUAAAGAUGGCACCACUUCAUUUGGUAACCAUGAGCUUAAAUCUAGAGUCUCUGCUGGGGCUUUCAAACAGGUUGUCAUGGAGAAUCCAAGAUAGUAGCAUAAAUUUCUAAACUAAAUAAUAAGACUUCUUUUUUUCAAAACAACAACAAACAAACCUACUAACUAUUACAAAAACUACAAAAACAAAA